UGUAAAGCCGAGCAUCUGGCCGACAAGUUCCAUUGUUAGCUUUGUAAAGAGACAGCACCCAGAAGCCGGGUCGCAGCAGCCUGAAUUCAGCAACCCGGCCAGCAUCUACAAUGAACUGUGAGGACUACACCAUUAUCCGAGGCCUGCCAAUGGCCAGCUUGUUUCCCGAAGUCAACGUUCGUUCGGCGAUGGAUUACCAGCCAAGCAAUAGUGACGUGAUCAUCGUUAGUUACCCAAAAUGUGGCACGACAUGGACCCAAUACAUUGUGUCUAACAUUAUAACCAAAGGCAAACCACCAAAUGAUCCAGGAGAGUUUAUGCUGCACUCUCCCUUCAUAGAAUUGUUUGGCGCUGAAUCUGCAAUGAACCCAGCAAGAAGAGGUCCCAUUAUAACGCAUCUGCCAAUGAACGUGUUCCCGUACACCAAGCAGGCAAAGUACAUUUAUGUCACCAGGAAUCCUUACGACUGCUGCGUCUCGAAGUAUCACUUCUUGAAAGGCAUCACGCCAAAAGCUUACGAAGAUGCCUCCUUUGAAAGCUUUGUUAAAAAAUUUGUUUCCGGACGACUGCUCUACGGAGACUACUUUGAUCACCUGCUUCCUUGGUAUGAUCAACGAAACGAAGCAAAUGUGCUCUUCCUCACGUACGAGCAGCUGAAAGCCGACACGACGCAGUGGAUUUUCAACAUAGCCGAGUUUCUUGGCGAGGAGCAUAUUAGGGCUCUUAUGGAAGAUGAUGUGCUCCUGCGGAGUGUAGUAGAAGCGGCGAGUCUGAGGAAUAUGAAGGUUGUCUUUAAUUAUAGCCCGCACGAUAGAGUAAAUCGUAUGCUUGAACUUCCACCGGAAAAAUCUCUGAAGCUUGCCGAAGUCUUCAAGAAAGCACCCGUAACGCAUAAAGAAACGCAUGAGGGCUGCGGCUAUGUCCGCAAGGGAAUUGUAGGCGACUGGAAGAGUCACUUCACACAGGAGCAGAUUAAACUAAUGAAGGCGUGGAUUGAAAAGAAGACUAAAGGAAGCGAUGUGAUGCACUUGUGGAAAGACAUAGAUCUCCCUUGAGGUGUACGGCGCCGAAUAUUUGUCAUUGUUCUGUAAAACACCAGCGGGCUUCCAGAGAAAACGGAUGUUUAAAAAAUGACAGCACUUGUGGUUAUUGGUGCAUUGUCACCCAAUUGUAGCUUGCUCAAUCUGUAACAUCGCGAUGCACUUAGAUAUUUAUGCGAACCAGGGAAAAGUAGUGUAUCUAUGUACGCUUGUGCAAAUGAGGUCGAUAGCUUACGAAGAAGCUAACGCGCCAUACAAAAGGCUAUAAACAUCAGCGGCAAGAUUGCUUUCGUUGUAAUUUUUUUCUUCUGUCAGAGAGAAGCUAAAUAGAACAAAAGUUUGACCUGUCUAAGGACAUCACCCUUCUACGAUGGCAAAAAUAAGCAUCCCCUCUUGCCGUGAGAAGAAGCGAGAAAAGCGAGAAAAAGCGUCAAGACAAAGGACCAGUGGCACAGCCGCAUUGAAGUUCUCGUACCACCUCACGGUGGCGUCAAUAAUUUCUAUCACGCCUGUUGGGAUUGAGUUAAUGUCUUCUUCGUUACCAUAGAAUACAUCGCACUGUAGAAAUACAAAGACUGAAGUAAACGUGUUUUGAAGACAUUUGCUGAGUCACAAUGGCCCAAAUAUGAUUAAAGAAGAAGUAAAAUUUGUGACUUCUUACUGAUAUACUCGACCUCUGAUGGUGGCGCGAAAUUGCGAAAAGUUAGACCAAAGUUAUAUUUAAAUACUGAUUUAUUAAAAAAGGAGUCUGCUAAAGCAUUUUAGCACAGUCCCAAGACCACAACUGGUGCCCAGCCGCCCCAGCUGUCUUCGCGCUCUUGUCCGAGCGGUGGGUGAACUCGGCAUGUUCGCCGGUCAAAAGGUGGCGUCAUAUCGGGCUAUUUGUUUAUUCUACUAUACAUUAGGGCUGGUGUACUCGCUCAAUGUUAAAAAUAGAUUUUCAGUGUAUUUAUUUUUGUAAAUCAAAUGCACUCUCUGACAAAGACUGAGUAGCCAUAUGGCGCCAUCCGCACCAACAAGCUUCCUUUCUAGAUUUCGUAUGGUACUACACUUCAUAGAGCACGCUUGAAUGUGCACAAAAUUUGUGAACCACAUGUUGUCUAUACAAAUACCGUAAGCUUGACACAGAACACCAUAUGACCAAAAACGCCCGCGAGAGCUGGACUGAAGAUGAAUCGCAUUUUUCAUGGCGAGAAGAAAUGCAAAUUAAGGGGCCAAAUUGUGGAAAACUAAAAAAAUGAAAACGCAAAACCUGCCUGAGGGCAUCCAUCUUGCGUCGCGCUUAACUUCGUGGUGACUCUUACACCAGUGAUCAGCUGGCAGAAUAGGAAGCCUUAUUGCAAAACACACUACUAUUCGUUCCCAGAACCCAUGUCCGCGCCUAAAUAUGGGCCCAGCGUCACAAUGGAUGCUGCAGCGCUGGACUGGUGUGGCACACUACGAGCUACUUGGUAUUGACGCACAAAGAGGCUUCAGAUCUAAAAGGACAGCGAGAGCAUGUAUACGACUAUAAUAUUACAUACGGAUAACAUACAUAAGGAUAUAUAAUUGUGCUGACUAUUUCGUGUGCGAGCACCAUAGACUGGAAAAGCACGGCUUAUUUAAGAAUACCGAUGGAAAAGCUGAACUCUAUAUAGUCUCUUCUCGUCAGAGUUCUCUCUCCUCCAGUUCAGUUGUGCCACUUGUGUGCAACUGAACUCAGCUGCCAGUCUUAUUCGAAACUUUGUUGGAAAGGAACCAUCUCAGCGAAGGUGCUCAGCGAAAGCUAAAGUUUGGGCAUAUGAGCUUCAGAAGCUAUUGGUUACUUUAUUGAGUACAGCUCACACAAAUGAUGGCAAUAAACUUAUCUAGCUCUGUUUUCGGUUUCUAGCUCUGUUUUCGGCACCUUGUAAGCUGUCCAGUCUGUGCAAUUUAACUAGACUUGAUAGGAAAAAGAAAAUCGAGUGCAGCACUAACCACAGGAACAAGUUUGUGCCUUGUAGAGCGAAUGUCAUCUAUGAGAUUCCGCUGAGUUGUGGCAACGUGUACGUUGGACAAACAGGCCGCUGCAUUAAUAUUAUAUUAUUAGAACAUGCCAAUUCACUAGAUGAUUCUAGAGGACAGCAUCUUCCUAAGCAUUGCAAGACCUGCAGGCAUGACGGCAAAGUUUCUACUCCACUUUUCGGCAGGACUAAGAUUGUCGGACGCGCAAGUGAUAAGAAAGAGCGUGAAGUAAUCGAAGCUUUAGAAAUCGCGAAAUUAGGGCCGGAUAAAUGUGUUAGUGAGGCUUCCAUACAUUUGUACCGCAAGGAGUUGGCGUUUCUUGGCUUGACUACUUGAUAGCAGCAUUGGUCUUUGCGGCUGGUGCGCACGCGUUCUGUUGUUGGUAGGAAGGUGGCGUUGGAGCAUUAAACCAGUUGUUAGUCUG